UACCCAUCUCAUCAAUGGCGUUUUCCAGCGAGACGCUCCGAGCAGAACUUGAAAUUGUUAUAUAAAGACCGGGCAUAGACCCCGGCGUUUCCCGUGAGGGAGCUCACAUUCACCGGCCAUUUGAAAAGCAAAAGCCACCGUCUUCCACGUUACUCACGCGCCUUUCCCUCCCCUCCAACCUCCGCUCCGUUCGCUCUCUCCACCACCUUUCUUUAUCCGAGUUCUCGAUCUUUCUUGAUCGCUCGUUUGAAGUCGCAAAACAUCGAGGCUUCAAGUUCGGAGCUUGCUUUUUGGUACGUAAUCAUCUCUGCAUCUCUACUUCAAGAUUCGUAGUCUCUGGGCGCUUGAAUGCUUCGUCGCCACCUUUCUUUCUGAUUCCUCGAUAUGGUGAGAGGCGACGGCAAUGGAUUCUUGCCGUGUGGCCCUCAAGGCCAACACUCUUUUGGCUCAAUCGAACAAGAGCUGUCCGAAGAAUGCAGAUGAUGGAUUCUGGGGUGAGAGAAUCAGAGGGAGCCUGAAUAACAGUGUUUGGGUUAAUGAGGUUGCUAGAAAUCUGACAGUUGAAAGAAAGUCCAAGAAGGUGAAACCCGGUGCGGCUUUUGCUGUUAUUACAUCGAACAGUGCCACCGAGACCUUGCCUAUUAUAUCUCCGGUGUUUCUUAGACCAAAAGCAGACCCGAAGAAUGUGGCCGCCAUUAUAUUGGGGGGAGGUGCAGGGACCCAACUCUUCCCUCUUACCAGAAGAACAGCCACGCCCGCUGUUCCGGUUGGUGGAUGCUACAGACUGAUAGAUAUCCCAAUGAGCAACUGCAUUAACAGUGGCAUAAACAAGAUUUUUGUGCUGACCCAGUUCAACUCUACUUCUCUUAAUCGUCAUCUGGCGCGCACUUACUUCGGAAAUGGAAUCAAUUUUGGGGACGGGUUUGUUGAGGUUCUGGCUGCUACUCAAACUCCUGGAGAAACAGGAAAGAAGUGGUUUGAAGGAACAGCGGAUGCCGUGAGGAAAUUCAUUUGGGUGUUUGAGGAUGCCAAAAACAGAAAUGUUGAGAAUGUACUAAUUUUGGCGGGGGAUCAUCUUUACCGUAUGGACUAUAUGGAUUUUGUGCAGAAUCAUAUCGAGAGAAACUCUAAGAUAUCUGUUGCGUGUACUCCUGUGGGGGAAAGCCGGGCAUCUGAUUAUGGAUUGGUGAAGAUAGACAGCAGAGGCCAAAUUGUCCAAUUUUCUGAAAAGCCUAAGGGUCCUGAUCUGGCCGCUAUGCAAGUAGAUACCAGCGUGCUAGGGUUGUCUCCGCAAGAAGCUGCAAGAUCUCCAUUUAUUGCAUCAAUGGGAGUUUAUGUCUUCAAGACGGAGACUUUACUAAAUCUUCUGAAGUGGAGGUAUCCUACAGCCAAUGACUUUGGAUCUGAAAUCAUUCCCGCAGCUGUGAUGGAGCAUAACGUCCAGGCUUAUAUUUUCCGUGAUUACUGGGAGGACAUAGGGACUAUCAAGUCCUUCUAUGAUGCUAAUAUGGCUCUCACAGAAGAGGUUCCGAAAUUUGAAUUUUAUGAUCCGAAGACGCCUUUCUUCACGUCCCCUCGCUUUCUUCCACCGACCAAGAUAGACAACUGCAAGAUUAAGGAUGCAAUAAUUUCCCAUGGUUGCUUUUUGAGAGAGUGCAGCGUCGAACACUCCAUAGUGGGUGAACGCUCACGCCUCGAUUCUGGAGUUGAUCUGAAGGACACAGUGAUGAUGGGUGCGGACUCUUACCAAACAGAAUCCGAAAUAGCUUCUCUGCUAGCGGAGGGGAAGGUGCCUAUCGGGAUAGGGAAGAACACAAAGAUCAGGAACUGCAUAAUAGACAAGAACGCGAAGAUUGGGAAAGAUGUGGCCAUUGUAAACAAAGAUGGCGUUGAAGAAGCGGAUCGGCCAGAGGAUGGAUUUUACAUACGCUCGGGAAUAACCGUGAUACUGGAGAAGGCAACAAUAGAAGAUGGUACAGUUAUAUAAGCGGAUGGAUUUUGAGUUAAUCUUCAGAUGUUUCCGAGAUGGAAAAUACCACGAGAAGAGAUCUAGGCACGGAGAUCGAACAGGUUAUACAGAGUUUUUAGGCAGUUUUCACCCCGGAGAGUUGUGAGCUCCUUUCUGCUGUAUGUACAAAGUUACGUAUCCCUAGUCUUCUCCACAGUAUCAUAGGACAAGCCUACUACAGUUUAAACAUGAGCUCAUGUCCUACAAUAUAACUGCUGCUGAUUUUGUAAAUGAGGUGAUCGGCGAGAUAUGGAGAAACUUGCUGGUUGUAUCGAACUUUCGACUAGUGAAAUAAAUGGGCUGUUGUUAAACAAA